AACUCUUUUUAUUUUGAAAUAAUUUAGCAGAGUAUUUAUUGUAAUAUUUAGACAUAUUAUUCAUAUUUAUAUAUUUAUUAAUAUAUUUAAGUUAUACCAUUUAUUAGAGGCGACAUAUUUCUUUUCUUACAAUUAGCAGACAGCGACCAGAGAGCAUCACUCUACAUAUAUCAAACAUAGACUAAUAAAGUUGCCAUAUUAAGAAAUGUGUGGAUUGCUUUCUCAACGACUGUUUUCUGUUUUUAAAAUAAAUUGACAUAAUAUUUGACAUAUCUGCCAUGGAUUUACUCAGACGUUAAGUUCGCAGGUGGAUUUACAAAAAUGGGAUAAAUUUCUGUGAUCCCAAAUUAAUUGCAAGUAUAAUACUUUUAAACCAAUAUGUUUAACACGCAGAAAGAGUACAAGAGAUUGACUACGGCUCGCACCGAGACAUACCGUAACAUGCGAGGCGCGACAAGAACGUACGUACGCGUGCCGGGUGACUCCGGCCUUCCCAACGAGCUGCCCUACCAGCGCGUCUCCGUCACUGGCAUACAUGUUACAGGGGUGCCAUUGGAAGAUCUAAUUCGUUCAGCCUCACAGCUGGUGCACGCACUGGAUCUACGGCGCCACUACUUGGAAAUAUCAGCGCAGUCGUUCUCCAACGUCGCGAACAAAUAUUUGAUCAGCCAUGGCGUACCAGAGCGCACCCUACCCCAGAGUUAUCUAUCCACUGACCAAGAUCAAACAUUCCUGAGGCUUGGCUCGGACACAGCGGAGCGAUACAUGCAACUGACGACGUGUUCGUCUGAACAGCUGGUGUGCCCUCAUCCUACUACGAUGUUCAGUCCACAACGGUCACACAUGGAUCUGCCAGCUGGUACGAUGGCGGUCAUUAAACGAGAGGACAAUCAAAAGAUAUCAAUAGAGAGCCACGACGGACAAGAACUCCUUUUACCAGGUGUCCACCUGGAUCCAUGGGCAUGUCCAAUGCCUCCUGAUCGGCAGUAUACGUGUCGCUGGCGGCACGGUGUCGUCCGCGUGUACAGGAGUGAGGCGGAUGCAGACGCGCACAGGCCCCUCCGAUAUAGGUUCAUUUCGUUCAAGCAAUAUGUUGAGGAUAUGAACCGACUCAGCGACAUGAUGGCGGAUGGACCUUUGAAGUCAUUUUGCUACCGUCGGUUGAGCUAUCUCUCCUCCAAGUUCAAAAUGCACGUGCUGCUCAACGAGCUUCACGAGCUGGCACUGCAAAAGGCUGUGCCUCACAGGGAUUUUUAUAACGUCAGGAAGGUGGACACCCAUAUACACGCGGCGUCUUGCAUGAAUCAGAAACAUUUGCUGCGCUUCAUCAAGAGGACCCUGCGGCAGAACGCGCACGAGGUGGUGACGGUACAAGCCGGUGUGCCCAAGACGCUGAAGUCUGUGUUCGAAGAUAUGCAGCUGGACGCAUACGACCUCAAUGUUGACAUACUGGAUGUUCAUGCGGACCGUAACACAUUUCACCGUUUCGAUCGGUUCAACGCCAAGUACAACCCGGUGGGCGAGAGCAGACUGAGAGAGGUGUUUCUAAAGACCGACAACCACAUGAACGGAACCUACUUCGCUAGGAUUAUCAAGGAGGUGAUGGUAGACCUUCAAGAGAACAAAUAUACAUACGCAGAGCCGCGCAUCUCGAUCUACUGCAAGAACAAGAACGAGUGGAGUAAGCUGGCCACGUGGGCGCUUCGCAACGACGUGCACUCGCCACAUGUGCGCUGGCUGGUCCAAGUGCCCAGGCUAUACGACAUUUACCGCAUCAACAAGUUGCUGCGCAACUUUCAGGAAUUCCUCGACAACCUAUUCGACCCGCUGUUCCAAGUGUCCGUCGACCCCAGCUCCAAUCCUGAACUACAUAAGUUCCUCACGCAUGUGAUAGGCUUCGACAGCGUAGACGACGAGAGCAAGCCAGAGAAUCCUAAUCUGCACGAGCACACGAAGACCCCGGAAUUGUGGGAUGACGAGGAGAACCCUCCAUACGCAUAUUACCUCUACUAUAUGUAUGCCAAUUUGGUGAUGCUUAACCAACUACGAAAAGAGCAAGGGCUGAACACUUUUGUGCUCCGGCCCCACUGCGGCGAAGCAGGGCCAGCUACGCAUCUUAGCGCUGCAUUUCUGCUUGCCGAGAAUAUUUCACAUGGUCUCAUGCUACGAAAGGUCCCAGUACUCCAAUACAUGUACUAUCUGUCACAAAUCUUCAUCGCCAUGUCUCCGCUGAGCAACAACUCGUUGUUUCUCCGUUACCACCGCAACCCGCUGCCCGACUACUUCGCGAGGGGACUCCGCGUCACGCUGAGCACCGAUGAUCCGUUGCAAUUUCAUUACACAAAGGAGCCGCUGAUGGAGGAGUACAGCAUUGCUGCGCAGGCGUGGAAGCUGAGCUCGUGCGAUAUGUGCGAGCUGGCGCGCAACUCGCUCCUCAUGUCCGGCUUCCCGCACGAAAUGAAGCAGUACUGGCUGGGCUCGGAGUACACGCGAGCCGGCCCCGAGGGCAACGACAUCACGCGCACCAACGUGCCCGACGUGCGCGUCUCGUACCGACACGAGACCCUACUAGGCGAACUUGACAACAUCUUCAAGGCCGCUACGUAAUAGCAGAAAUGUCACCACAUUGAAACAAUAACAGGAAAAUAAUAAGCCACAUUUAAUGUAAUAUAAUUUAUUGCGUACAAUUAUAUUUAACGCUAUGUUAAU